CAAAUAUCAGUAGUUUAUACUUUAAAGAGGUAUUUUUUUCUCAUAAAAUUAAAAAUUAAAAUAUUAACAUUUGAAGUUUUGUACUAGGCGUGUGUAUUAUGGAGCAAUUUUCAUAAAAAAAUUAUUCCAUAUACAUAAUUGUUAUUUAAUUUUACACAAAUUGGCAGUACAAUGAGUCACGAUGGUCACCAGGAGCAGAAACAGAAUGAAGUCUUAGAAACUCAGUUAGACCUGUUCAGCUUGAUUGGAGGAAGCUGGCCACCAGCUCCAAAAGAACCAGAAAAAACUGAAUAUGGAACUGUACCUAGAUCUUCUAAAACUAUGCAGCGAACAACACAAAGUGAUAGAGUUAAAUCUGUAAACUUACUGAAUCACCUCACUACAGACAAGAGAAAAAAAGCAAUAAAUCACAAUAAUUAUUCCUACAAUAAAAAUUCAGAACAGAACUCCAAAAUGGUCCAUGAAAUUAAUCAGGUUGAAACUGGAUUUUUAGUUGAUGUUCCGAGUAUCGACGGAUCGGCUGGGGAAUUGUACGACACACCAUCUCUGGUUUCCCCGAGUGCUGCUCAAUCCUUAAAACAAAUUCACCAUUCGCCUCUGCAUUUGCAAGAGGACAUUGGUGUUGGAACACUGGUUGAAGUGGCUACGGAUGUUGACCAACAUUAUUAUGGUGUAGUUAGAUGGAUUGGCGUUAUCGACGAUACGGCAACAGCUGGUGUUGAGUUGGAACAAGACAUCAGUGGUCUGGGCGACGGCACUCGUAAUGGUCACCGUCUGUUCACGUGUACGCCGGGAAGGGCGCUGUUCGUGCCGCUUGCGUUGUGCCGCAGAGACGCGCGGUUCAGAGACACACCGCCCCCAGACCGCACCGCUGUUCACAACACUGAACAUUUUGACCAGCCCGACUGUCCCGUGGUGACGGGAGUGGUUCCUCCGCUCCACUCCCUGGGUGAGCUGGCUGGCAAGAACCGCGGUAUCCAGGGUCACCACAACUCAUGCUACCUUGACGCUACACUCUUCGCAAUGUUUACGUUCACGAGUGUUUUUGAUGCCCUUCUCUACCGCCCUCCGGAACCAGAAGAUUCCCCACACUACUCUGAAGUACAGCGAGUACUCCGCGAGGAAAUCGUGAAUCCGUUGCGGCGACAUGGUUACGUGCGCGCCGACCGCGUCAUGAAACUGCGCACUUUACUGGAGCGACUCUCUGACGUGCCCGGACUCACUUCCGAGGAAAAGGAUCCUGAAGAGUUUCUGAACGGGCUUGUGGCACAACUGUUGCGUGCAGAACCUUUCCUGAAGCUCUCUUCUGGUCAGGAGUCGUAUUGUUACCAACUGUUUGUGGAGAAAGACGAGCGCGUCACAUUGCCCACGGUGCAGCAGCUACUGGAGCAGUCCUUCGCCACUUCGGGAGUCAAGUUGAGCGAGGUGCCCGCCGCAUUUAUAAUUCAAAUGCCUCGAUUCGGGAAAAAUUACAAAGUGUAUCAACGAGUUCUACCCUCACCGCUGCUGGAUGUGACAGAUCUCAUCGAGGGAUUGCCCCGGCAGUGCAGCGUGUGCGGCGGCCUCGCGCGGUGGGAGUGUCGCGCAUGCGCAGACGGCGCCGCGCUCGAGUCGGGCGCGCUGUGUGCGUCCUGCCUGCGGGUAGCGCACGCAACGCGACCCACGCACCAGGCAACACCACUGAAGAUCUGUGAAGAAUAUUCAAACAUUCUGGAGUCGUGUCCGGUGCCGAGGGUGUACAUGGAGCUGUUUGCAGUGCUCUGUAUCGAGACCAGUCACUACGUGGCGUUUGUGAAGACCGGCGUGGCCCAUGAUGCUCCCUGGUGCUUCUUCGAUUCAAUGGCUGAUAGGAAAGGUGAACGCAACGGUUACAACAUCCCCGAAAUCGUGAGCAUUGCGGAGCUGGGCGCCUGGCUCACCGAGCACGCGGCGCUCGACCGCUCGCUGCCCGCGUCCGCCAAGCGGCUCUUGUCCGAUGCGUACAUGUGCUUCUACCGCAGUGCGGAUGUCGCCAUGUACAGGUAACGACUGGGCCACGUGUUGAUUGAUCGAAUUGAUUGAAUAGCCCUUAUCGCCAGCUCCAGGUAAACAAAAUGUGUAGACAAUCUGUUACGUUUUUAAAGUGAUAACCCUAGGAUUAAUACACAAAUAAAAUUUGAAAACAAAAUUUUAUGAACGAUGCGGGGCUCGAACCUAUGACCUCUCGCGUUCCGUGCGAGUGCUCCGAUGGCACAUCGGUCAUGUGUUAAGCCACUUUUUGUUGCGACUAUAAUAGCAUUGAGGGAUAUUCCCAUAAAUAUUAUUUGUCACAACUCACAUCACUGUUUCUUACAUUUCUUUUGUUAUGUAAAUUGGAGAUUAUCACUAUAAUUAUAAACACUUCAGCAUACAUUUGUAUAGCAGUAUUGUAAAAUCAAACCGCGGCGAUCUGGCAAUGCCGCGCAUGACGCAUCUAUAUCUAAGGCCAACGAGACAAGAUAAAGAAUGUAAACAAAGGGACGGUUAUCGUGUUACAUUGCGAUUAUUAUCUCUGUCUCUAUCACUUGUACGCAGUAAUGGCGUUAGAUGGUCGACGAUAGCUGUUGGUGCGUGUUUCGUGCUACAGGAAAGCAGUCGGCACCGCAGUUGCCAACAUUUGGUCCGCCAUUAUGUGCAAGUUCAUUCCUAUUUAUAUUGCGUUCGAAGUUAUACAUAUUUUUUCGUUUCCAUAUUUAAUGGGUAUUUUUGUUAUUAUUAAUCUGUUACUGUUCCUGUUGAUUUUUACUGUUAUUGUAAGUAGUUGUUGAUUUUAAUUAUGGUCUAAGCAACCUUUAAAUUCGAUUCGAUAUAAACGUUUUGCACCCCUGAAACUUUGUUUGCAUUAAUUAUCUAGUGUCAUUGGCCUUACUUUACUAUACGUAUAGUGAAGCGGGGCGGCGGUGCAGUUGCACAUGUGCCCUUAGAGUAGCGUGCAUACUAGACAUAUUAUUGGAACAUGUUUAAUGUUUUAUGUACAGUAUUAUAAUAUAGAUGUACCAAUUAUAAUAUCAUCAUAGAUCAGCUGUAAAUGAAAACAUUUAUUUAUACCUACCUAUUUACUAUAUACAAAUUUAUUGGAACUGAAAUAUUGAAACCACAUUGUUUUGCUGUUUAUCAAUAUUGGAAUUAUGAUUUUUAAUUUGAACCUUUGUGUAAUAUGAUAUAUUAUUAUCUAAUUUUCUAAUCUGUAUAAUCAAUUAAAAACAUUAAUGUUGUACUUAGUUGUUAUAUAUUUAAUUUAUUUAUUAGUUAAUAGUUUUGCUACACGCUAAUUUCCAUUUGUUUAUUAUUAUUAGUAUUUUUAUUGUUUAAAAGUUGUAUAACUAUCUCACCACACAUAGAGACACUAAAAUGUACUGGGAUUAGUCUUAGAAUAAAAAUAAAUGGUAUGUAAAUAAUA